AUGGUUGCCUCACAACUUGAAAGCAUUGGAUUGGAUCCGAUGCAGGAAGAGUUCCAGAUCGAUUUGGAAACUCUGGGACAACUUGUCGAUGUGCCAAAGAAUCCAGAAUUGUUAAAAGAGUUGGGUGGACGUGAUGGACUAGCCAUCAAACUGCGCACCUCAGUGACCAAUGGUCUUCCAAACGAGUACAACUCAACCGAAGCCGCUCGUGUACAAAAGUUUGGAAAGAAUAUAUUGCCACCACCUCCACAUACCCCAUUAUAUAGUAUCAUCUUGGAUGCCUUGAAGGACCAUAUUCUGAUCCUCCUUAUUGUUGCUGCAGUCGUCUCUAUUGUGCUUGGUGCCAUUCCAUAUACUACCGAUGAUCCCAAGACUGGCUGGAUUGAUGGUGUUGCCAUUCUCGUGGCCGUCAUCAUUGUCGUGGCCGUUACCUCCUUCAAUGACUUUAAGAACCAAGCUCGCUUCCGUGACCUCAACGAGAAGACCUCUGACAAGCAGAUCAAGGCCAUCCGUUCUGGUGAGCAGUGCCAGAUCUCCAUCUUUGACGUUCGCGUUGGAGACAUCCUUGUCGUCGACACUGGAGACAUUGUGUGCGCCGACGGUGUCUACGUCGACGGCCACUCAAUCUCUUGUGACGAGUCAUCCAUUACUGGCGAGUCCAAUCCAAUCAAGAAGGGCAAUGAUGGCCAUGAUCCAUUCUUCAUCUCUGGAAGCCAGGUUCUCGAGGGCUUUGGCAAGAUGAUGGUUACCGCAGUCGGCGUCAACUCCUUCAAUGGCAAGACCAUGAUGUCCCUGCGUGUUGAGUCCGAGGACACCCCACUCCAGAAGAAGCUCGCCCACCUUGCCGGCAACAUUGGAAAGUUUGGUAUGACUGCAGCCGUCCUGUUGUUGCUCAUCAUCAUUCCCAAAUACUUCAUCGAGAUCAAGGUCGACAGGAGAGACAUGCCAAAGGAAGCGGCCAGUGAGGUCACCACCAUGGUGAUCGGUGCCAUCACAAUCAUUGUCGUAGCCGUGCCAGAAGGUCUACCUUUGGCCGUCACCAUGGCUCUGGCUUACGGUAUGCUCAAGAUGUUCAAGGAGAACAACCUGGUGCGUAACCUUGCGAGCUGUGAGACGAUGGGCUCAGCCACACAGAUCUGCUCCGACAAGACUGGCACCCUGACUCAGAACGUCAUGACCGUCGUGACCGGAUUCGUCGGCUCACUGUUCUCCGACUGCAACGACAUCCAGAGCAAGGUUCCCAAGGAGCUGGCCACCAUCCUCACAGACGGCAUCGCCAUCAACUCCAACGCCUACGAAGGCGUGUCGACCAAGGGCAAGAUGGAGUUCAUUGGCUCCAAGACUGAGUGCGCUCUGUUGAACUUUGCCAAGUUGUUUGGAUGCGAUUACCAAGAGGUCCGUCGUCGUCUUGAGAUCCAGUCCUUGUAUCCAUUCUCGUCGGCCAGGAAGCGCAUGGGUGUGCUCGUCAAGCAGGACCCCGCCACCAAGACCGUCAGGUUCUACCAGAAGGGUGCUUCCGAGAUCGUGUUGGCCCAGUGCACAAGAUACAUUGAUGCCACAGGCGAGACCAGGCCACUCACUCCAGAGGUCUACCAAGAGUUGGAGAAUGUGAUCACCAAGUUUGCCACUGAUGCCCUGCGUACCAUUGGUCUGGCCUACCGCGACUACAUUGAUGAUGGUUCAAUCGACUUCAAGGAUGCCCCAGAGCAAGAGUUGAUCUUUGUUGGCAUCGUUGGCAUCAUGGACCCAUUGAGACCAGAGGUGCCCGAGGCCGUCAGACAAUGCCAGAAGGCUGGCAUCACCGUGCGCAUGGUCACUGGAGACAACAUCAUCACAGCCCAGAACAUCGCCAGAAACUGUGGCAUCCUCACGGAGGAUGGCAUCUGCAUGGAGGGUCCCAAGUUCCGCACGUUGACCAAGCAAGAGAUGGACGCCAUCCUGCCCAAGCUCCAGGUGCUCGCUCGUUCGUCUCCAACUGACAAGCAGCUGCUGGUCGGCCGUCUAAAGGAUCUGGGCGAGGUCGUCGCCGUCACUGGUGAUGGUACCAACGAUGGUCCCGCACUCAAGUUGGCCAAUGUCGGUUUCUCCAUGGGUAUCUCUGGUACUGAGGUUGCUAUUGCCGCUUCCGACGUCGUCCUGUUGGACGAUAACUUUGCCUCGAUCGUCCGUGCUGUUGUCUGGGGUCGCAACAUCUAUGACGCUAUAUGCAAGUUCCUCCAGUUCCAGCUCACAGUCAAUGUCGUCGCCGUCACUGUUGCCUUUGUCGGUGCCGUCUCGGGAGGUGGUCACUCGCCACUCACUGCCGUCCAGCUUCUCUGGGUCAAUCUGAUCAUGGACACCUUGGCCGCCCUCGCCCUUGCCACUGAGCCACCCACUCCAGAGCUGUUGGACCGCCCACCCAAUGGAAAGGAGGCACCUCUGAUCACUCGCUCCAUGUGGAAGAACAUCAUCGGACAAUCUGUGCUGCAGCUGAUCGUCCUCUUCGUCCUGCUCUACAAGGGCCACGACAUCUACGGCAACUUUGUCACCUACAAGAUCGUCAAGAACUCUGUGCACCACUACACCAUCGUCUUCAACACAUUCGUCUUCUUGCAGCUCUUCAAUGAGAUCAACAGCAGAGUGCUGGGCAGGAAGAUCAAUCCGUUCAAGGGCAUGUUCAACAACCCAAUCUUCAUCAUCGUUCUGAUUGCCACCGUCAUCAUCCAGGUGAUCUUUGUCACGUUUGGAGGUAGCGCCACCUCCACCGAUCCUCUGUCCAUCCAAGAGUGGGCCGCCUGUAUCAUCACUGGUGUGGUCGCAUUGCCAUGGGGUCUGAUGCUUCGUCUGAUUCCAAUCACCGAGCCAGUCGUCAAGAGGAAGCUGCCUGUCGACGAUCCCGAGACCAUCUACACUCCACCAACCUCUGUCGAUCAGUCCAAUCCACACACCGUCACUGUCACCGGUAUGACUGUGAACGGUGCACACCUUCACACGUCCAACGAGGACAACAACAAUGAGCGCAUACCAAUGGUUGGCGCCAACAACAGUAGCAACACACUCGAUCGAAGCAAGGAGGUGAUUGAGGUGGGUCGCGGAUGGAAGAUCGUCCGUCAGACUCGUCAAAAGAUUCGUAUCAUCAAUGCAUUCAAGAACAAACUUACCAAGUCCUCAGUUAUCUAUUCCAACACCAACCAACUUGCGAUUGGCAACUAA